UGCAGCAUCGAGGUCUUGAACAGGAACUCCCCUUAACCCAAAACCUCUUUAGAGUCUGGCCGUCUACGUUGUCUUCCUGAAAAGUUUGACCUCUUUGCUUCUACACAUAUUCAUCGUAAGAGACAAUGGGUAAGAUAUACCCAGCAUCAAGUUGCGUUCGUGCAGCACUUCUUCUUGCAUGUUUGGGUGUGCGUGAGGGUUGCGCCCAAGCUGGCUCAUUCGCCCCUACAGCCAAAGUGUGUAGACUCGUGGGUGGCCGCGCGGCAUUGUUCGACAACCGCAUAUUCAUGGCUGGUUCAAAUGUUACAUUAACGGAAGAUCCGGCAGGAUCCUAUCCAACGGACUCUCUGCUUUCGAUCGACCUAGCCCAAACACGAGAUCUGGCCGACACCUUGACCAAUGUGAUCAGUACGGCCCUUCCUGCUGGACAUCAGAACUCGUCUGCGAACGUAAAGGUUGGAGGGGCCAUGUGGUUCGAUCGUACAGACAUGUACGAUCUAUCCGUUGCCAGAGACUCUGACAAUAAGCUAUCGUCUCAGCUAUGGCGCUUUACCCCGUUUGGAGAACAACAUUCAUGGAAACAGUGGGUUGUGACAGGAGAGAAGAUGCCGACUGGGGAUGGUCUUGGCGCUGCCUAUGCUAGUAUCAGGCGCUUCAACACCUCUUUCUUCUCUGGCGGUACCUUUGGUAGCUCCGAAGUUGGAAUUAUCGAACUCAAUUCGACGGAUCCCGCGGACCCUGUGAUUUCCUACAGAAAACCACCAGCUGAUUCAAUACUUGGCUCAAAACGUACCAAGGCACCAAUGUUCUACCUACCAUAUGGCAACCAAGGAAUUCUGGUAAUGCUUGGUGGUGUUGUAUCCUUGCAAGCCAACGGCAAUGAUCUUAUGGCUGCCAUGGACUCGAUUGAUAUCUAUGACAUUGAGUCAAGUAGAUGGUUUAAUACCCCCGCUACCUUAGAUCUACCGUCAACGCGGAAAAACUUUUGCGGCUGGGUCACUCAGGCACCUGACAACAGCUCCUCUUUCAUUACCAUUAAUGGUGGCGAAGAUAACACUGAAUCAAAAGACGACGUCUGGGUUCUUACUAUUCCAUCCUUCAAGUGGGUUUCUAUGAAUGACUCCAGAGAGACAGGACGGCGGAACCACCAUUGUUUCAAACAUGGUCACAACAACGGAGUCGUUCUCGGCGGUGAGGUCAUCAAUAAAGACGAUAAUAGCGUGGUAGACUGUAGCUCUCCAAAGAAUAAACCGGUGUUGAGAUCCCUUGAUCUGUCUGAAUAUUAUUGGAUGGAUGAAUUUGAUCCAGUUGAUAAGCCUUUCUCGGUGCAUCCAAAGUUAAGUUCCACAAUUGGGAGCCAGGUUUUCAGCCCAGACCUCGAGCCCAGCCUCAAAGAGAUAUUCACAAAAAGAAUUGCCGAUGAGGAACCACCUACCACCCCAACAUCGCCUGGAGAGACUCAAAGUGGCCAACCCCCAGAUUCCGCACAGACUGACCCAGUACAAACCCCAGGUGGAACCGAAUCUCCUGUCGGACCCAACUCAACACCUCCAUCGAACAGGAAUCGAUCUCUAUCAACGUCCCAAAAGGCAGCCAUCGGUGGCGCAGUGGGUGGUUCGUUCAUUGUCUUAGCAAUUCUGGGUCUGGCAUGCUUCUGGUUUCGCAAGAGGAAAGACCACCGCCCAGACAGAUAUAUGUAUCGUUCAAAAACUUCCAGCCUUACGAUAUGUGAGAGCGAGCCUGAAAAGGAUGGGUUUCUACAUGUACCAGACAACGAGUACAGUAGCGGCUAUCGUGAUGCAGUACCUGCGACAAUGCGCAAAUCUGGCCACUCUCGCAUCAAUUCCUGGUCCCGACAGGUUCCAGCUCAUCGGACGUCAUGUUCUGUCUCCUCGGUAUCGAGACUAGACGUUCCGGGACAACGGAACUCGUUCUCAGUCUCAUCCGUAUCCAAACUUGAUAAUGCAGAAGACUUUUACAGAAACGGUAAUACGGGCCCGGGUGGACUGACACCAACGGGACAGACGCCAAUGUCGGACAUCAGUUCAGUGAUGGGAACAAUUAUUGUGUGUGAUGGAGAGAGUCCUGGCAUAAACGGCCGGAUACCUCAAGCGGGCCAGAGAGCCUCGGUAAGGGAAAUAAGCCCGUUCCGUCAGCCGGUGCGAGAUCCAAGUCCGUACAGGCCGGAGGAUGUAGGCAAGACGUUCAUCUGAUCCUUCCCUUUGUACUUUUUAGAUGUUAAUCCAUUAUUGUUGUACUCUAUACCCGCGAGUCUCAUCUGUCUAUGUUAGAUCCAUAGUCUCAGAACACGUGUAUCCUAGCUUAAUGUCAAAAAGCCACGUCCAAGCCACCGUCUUAAGAUUCUCACUCAGCUUGAAGAUCGACU